UGAAACGACGGGUAAAUUUGAAUUAUUUGAAUUUAUGAAAAAGAAGAAGAAAAAAAAGAAGAAUCAUCAUAACCUCAAAAAUCUGAUCAAGCACAACAUGUGACUCAGCAAUUUUCCAAUGUAUUUUCUUAAUUUUUAUAUUUAAUUUUGUAGUAAGAGUGUCAGAGUAGUAGUGAAAUAUAGAGAGAAGUGUUUAUGAACUGAAUUAAGUGUUUAUUUAUCAACAAAAAGACUCAAAAGCAAGAGAAAACAUCAAAGUGUCCCAGCAGCCUGCAUGCUCCGUCACGCCGGUCGCAUCGACCCGGAGUAUUAUUAAUCAACCUAUGUAUAUUGCAGGUUAGAAGCAUUGGGGCACCACAUAUGCAUUCAGCAUAAUGAGAAUGUACUAAUUAUCCCGUAUCUCGUACGCAGGUACGUUCUCAAUAACAUAAUUCUGGUCCUUCGAGAAACAACACGAACUGCAGCACAAUGACAGAACCAUCAGCAACACCCGAAGUAACCAAGAAGAAGACUCUCCAUAGGGAACGAGGGAACCUCAAGCGAUCACUCACUGUCCUUGAAUCCAAACUGGCGCAACAACCAAUCUCGCAUGCCCUGGCGAAGUCAAUGAUCACUCAAGUACAAGACCUUCAAGACCGAUUCUUCCCAAUUCAGGAGCAAUUGGAGGAUCUCACACAACAUGAUGUAAAGCUCUUCGAAAAGGAAGACAAGGAAGCCACAUCGUUCUACGAGCGAUGCAUGGAAAUCAAAAUCAAAGCAGGUGAAUCUCUCUACGAUGAACCUCAACAAUCUCAAGAUGACAGUGUUUCGUACGCUGACCAAGAUGACAUCAAGAAAGCUCUGAGCAAUCAGACGAACAUUAUGCAAAAGAUGCUGGAGUUUCAACGGAUGGGCUCCUCAUCCUCCAAUGGUGGUGGACGUACCAAGCUGCCACAAUUGUCGCUCCCAAGCUUUGACGGUCGUUAUACAGAAUGGCCUCGGUUUAGGGACGCAUUCCAAAGCGCAAUUCAUUGCAACAAUGAACUGAAGCCUAACGAGAAGAUGCAAUAUCUUAAAUUGUCAUUGACUGGAUGUGCGGCUGAGUACAUCUCACAUGUGCCAAUAUCUGAUGACAAUUACGAACCAACAUGGGCACGCCUCUCCAAGAGAUACGAAAAGAAAGGACACUUGAUGAACGCUUUCAUCGACGAAUUUAUGACACAAUCGAAGCAAAAGGUGGACAAUGCUGCUGACCUCUUGCAGGCCAGCAGGAAGUACAGACAAAUCGUCGAUAGUAUGAAAGCACUUGGUGAAGAAUGCCUCUCAUUGGAUGUGUGGAUGAUCUACCUAAUGAAACAAAACAUGCACGAGAAGUUCCGCACGAAGUGGGAGGAAACCCGUGAUUCAGAGAGCAUUCCGACAGUGGAAGAAUUCUUUGAGUUCAUGGACAAAUCAACGGAUGUUUUGGAGCGAGCGGCUGUCAACCUUGAGCCCAAGAAGCCCAAGCAACCUGAAACUACCGGAAAACCUGCCAAAGGGAUCAUCAAGUCUCACCACACUGAAGUGAGUCAAUGCUACAAAUGUGGAGCUGAUCAUGCGCUAUACCAAUGUGAUCAGUUCAAAGCUCUUUCUCUGGAUGAGAGAAGGAGACUCGUGACAAAAUCCAGUCUUUGCUACAAUUGCCUUCGCAGCAAUCAUUCCUCAAAGAAAUGUAUGUCGAAAUCAAGAUGUCGUGAAUGUCAAAAGCCUCAUCACACUUUGCUCCACAUGCCUCCUGAUGUGGCUCAAAAGCCUCAAACUUCGGCGACACAGUCAGGGCCUCCUACUGUGCCGCAAACACAAGCUCCUUCUCAACCUGCCGCUCCCACAGCUGGCGGGAAUCAAGUCUUUAUGGGACACCAGUCAUUUCUUCCACAACGAGCUCUGCUUCCUACAGCACUCGUGUACAUCAAGGACGUCUAUGGAGUCAAGAGGAAAUGUCGGGUACUGAUCGAUGGAGGAGGAGAAUGCACUAUGAUUACGGAAGAUUGUGCACAGCGCUUGUCUCUCCCGAGGCAACCUGCUCGAAUCCCUGUUACGGGCGCUGGUGCGGUAACAGUCGGACAUACACGUGGAGUGAUCAACAUGGAAUUGAGCUCUACCUACAAUGAAAACAACAAGAUCAACGUACAAGCUUAUGUCAUGCUGAAGGUGACAUCUGAACUUCCGUCAGUUUCACUCACAGCGAUGAAAUGGUCUCAUUUGGAAUCGCUACAAAUGGCUGACCCACACUUCAAGACACCAAGCAAGGUGGAUAUCAUCCUUGGCGCAGAAUACGCUGGACAGAUUGAAAUGGGUGAAAUCAUCAGGGGAAAUGUUGGUGAGCCUAUAGCUAAGCUCACAAUCUUCGGCUGGAUAGCCACAGGACAAGUUUCAGCACAAGCUCACUCAUUCAAUUCUUUCCACACUGAACUUGAUCUCAACGAUUCACUGAAGAAGUUCUGGGCUACAGAGUCUGUGAUGCCAGCAAAGCCUAGACUCACUGAAGAAGAACAGCUGUGUGAAUCCCAUUUCCAGGAGACACACUCACGUGACGAGACAGGAAGGUAUGUUGUCGAGUUUGCAUUCAAAUCCUCUCUUGAGGACUUGGGUGACUCUGUGCCGGCAGCAAUGGCACAAUUCAAGGCAAUGGAAAGGCGUUUCUCACGCAACCCAGAGUUUCAUCAAAGUUACAAGGAGUUUAUGUCUGAGUAUAUAUCUCUGGGUCACAUGGAACUUGUUCCACCCAAUGAACCUGAGAAACCUCAUCACGGGAAGUAUCUGCUGCCACACCAAGCAGUUUUGAGGCCGAGCAGUGAGACGACAAAGUUCAGGGUGGUUUUCAAUGGAUCAGCCCCCACUCCGCCUCUCAAUGUGUCCUUCAACGACACCCUGGCAGUAGGUCCUGUCCUUCAAAGUGACCUUUUUACUUUGCUUGUGGGUUUCAGGAUGCACAAGUUCGCUUUCUCUGCCGACGUCGUAAAAAUGUAUCGGCAAAUUGGUAUCGCUAAGAAGCAUAGGGAUUAUCUGAGUGUCUUUUGGCGCGAUGAUCCAUCAAAAAAGUUGCUAAUUUACAGACUGACGACGGUGACAUAUGGCACCUCUAGCGCGCCAUACCUGGCCACCAAAGUUCUCCAACAGAUAGCAAAUGAUUAUCAGAGCGAAUUCCCCGCAGCAUCCCAGGCCAUCAAGUCAUGCUUCUACAUGGAUGAUUUGUUGUGUGGUGCUGCCACAUUGGAAGAAGCUAAAGCACUGCGACGUGACAUUGAAGAGGUCCUCAACCGAGGAUGUUUCCCGCUCCGGAAGUGGUCGUCAAAUUCACCAGCUCUACUCGAAGACAUCCCUCAAGAUAAGUUGGCAAUCACCCCGGAACAAGUACUUACACAAGCGAAAUGCAUUUCAGUCCUUGGGCUGGACUGGAAUACUGGGAAGGACAUACUCGCAGUGGCAAUCAAGGAUCCACCACCCGUAUCUACUAUGCGGGACUAUUGCUCAGCUGCAGCAAAAACAUUUGAUCCACUCGGUUUCAUAUCACCAGUCACAAUCAAGUUCAAGAUGCGAUUUCAAACCUUUUGGAGUCUUGGGCUGGAUUGGAAAAGCAAACUCCCUCAAGAAGUUGUGACCGAGUACGAGAAAAUCCAAUCACAAUAUCCAUUGCUGCAGAACGUGGAGAUUCCCCGGAUUAUUCCCUCUGAGAAAGGUGUGAUUGAAUUGCACGGCUUUUGCGACGCCUCUGAACGAGCUUAUGGGGCUGUUGUCUAUGCCAUGGGUCUCGAUGAGAAUUCACAAGCAACAGUCAAUCUGGUCAUAUCCAAAUCUCGCGUCGCACCCCUUAAGCCUCUAUCUAUUCCACGACUCGAAUUGAAUGGUUGUCUCGUACUCGCACAGAUGAUAGAGAAACUGAAGGAAUCACUACCGGAGUACGAAAUUCGAGUUCACGCUUGGACAGACUCUAUGGUUUGUCUUCAAUGGCUUCACGAUGAUCCUCGUAGGUGGAAAACUUACGUAGCGAACAGGACGAGUCUCAUUCUGGACAUUAUUCCACCGGAGCAAUGGCGACAUGUUUCUACAGAUGACAAUCCCGCGGAUUGUAUCUCCAGGGGUCUUUUCCCGGAGGAGUUUAUGCAGCAUACACUUUGGUGGCAAGGACCUGCGUGGCUCAAGGGGGGAGAAGAUCAAUGGCCCGCUAAGGCAAUCAUCACUAAGAAAAAGACAAACGAGGAGCGGACAUCGACUGUUCAGCUAUUCACAAAGAUGGAGGAUAAUCCUAUCCUCACAGCACUCAUGGAGAAGCAUUCGGAUUAUUUGUCAAUAGUCCGCAUGGUGGCUUAUCUACAACGCUUUGGGAACAAUCUGCGGCAGCCAAAGGAUGAACGUCAAUUGGGAUUCCUCACAGUUUUGGAACAAACACGGGCUGCACACUGCAUUUUUGUUCAAAUUCAGAAGCAUUCCUUUGAUGAUGAAUACACAUGUCUCGAGAAAGGGAAAUCCAUCCCUUCUUCCAGCAACUUGCGGCGUUUGGUACCCUUUUUGGAUGAGUUUGGGGUUAUGCGAGUUCUCGGUCGUCUUGGAAACGCACAAGUGUCAGAGAGGACUCGGCAUCCCAUCCUUCUACCUGGCAAACACCCAUUCAUUCGAAGUUUGGUUAUGUUCACGCACACUACUUAUCAACAUGCAGGAAAUCAACUCACAAUGGGAAUUCUGAGCACAAAGUAUCACAUCUUGGGAUUGAGGAAGCUUGUUAGGAGUGUGACUCAGAAUUGCAUCAAGUGCGUGAAGGCGAAACCCAGGACUGUCACUCCUCUUAUGGGCCACUUGCCGGCGGUGAGAGUGCAGGAGAAUCGGCCUUUCUACAAAUCCGGCUGCGACUUUGCUGGGCCGUUUCAGAUACGUACAUCCUACCUCCGGAAAGCGCCAAUCGUGAAGGGAUACAUAUGUCUGUUCAUAUGUAUGGUCACUAAAGCUGUACAUUUGGAGUUGGUAAGUGACCUCAGCACAGAGAAGUUCAUUGAAGCCCUAGACAGGUUCCGUAGUCGCCGUGGACAUUGCCAUACAAUCUACUGUGAUAAUGGCAGCAAUUUCGUGGGGGCAGCAGGAGUCACUCGAGAGGAACGUCUGAAAGGGAUUCGCAUUCAUCAGGGAAAAGUCAGCAAACACAUGUCAAGCCAAGGCACACAGUUCCACUUCAUCCCACCCUACUCGCCUACCUUUGGGGGUUUGUGGGAAAGGGGCAUCGGAAACUCCAAAACACACCUCAAACGAGUUCUUGGUGAGCAAGUCCUCACAUUCGAGGAGUUCAGCACUGUACUAUGCAAAAUUGAAGCCUGUCUGAACUCACGCCCACUUUGCGCCAUGUCUUUGGAUCCUGAAGAUUUGGAACCCCUCACUCCUGCCCAUUUCUGGUUGGGUCAUUCUCUCACAUUGGAGCCAACUGAGGACUUCUCAGAGUCCAACCCCAAUCGCCUUAGCCGGUGGCAACUUUUGCAACGUCAUGUUCAGCAAUUCUGGAAACGAUGGUCAAUGGAGUAUCUCACUUCCCUUCAGCAGAGGCCCAAAUGGUACAAAGAGUGCAAAAAUCUGGAAGUGGGAAAUCUUGUACUCCUCCGUGAAAACAAUUUGAGACCUUCGGUGUGGAAAAUGGGACGCAUCACUGAAGUUCAUCCAGGGAAGGAUGGAGUAGUACGAGCAGUCACGCUGAAGACAAAGGAUGGUAUCGACAAGAGGAUAGUCAGCACGGUUGCAAAGCUUCCAGUGGAGUAGCCGUCAAAGGAUUUGUUGAGAUUCCUCAACGGGGGCAGUAUGUGAGGAAUCGGUUAGAAGAAUAUGAAACGACGGGUAAAUUUGAAUUAUUUGAAUUUAUGAAAAAGAAGAAGAAAAAAAAGAAGAAUCAUCAUAACCUCAAAAAUCUGAUCAAGCACAACAUGUGACUCAGCAAUUUUCCAAUGUAUUUUCUUAAUUUUUAUAUUUAAUUUUGUAGUAAGAGUGUCAGAGUAGUAGUGAAAUAUAGAGAGAAGUGUUUAUGAACUGAA